AUGAAGCAUGCAUUUGGGUAUGCGCAUGGAAAGGGGGAAAGGGAGGUGAGACGCGCCGCGGGGAAGAUUUCUGGAUAUUAUCUGUUGAGCAAAGCACGCCAGGCAAUGGCCCAUGCCGGCGUUCUCGGGGAGACUCUGAGUUCGCUUGGUUUUGACGAAUGCACGAGUCGUCUUGAAACCCCGGAGGCCCAGAAGUCUGUUGACCUCGUCUUCCAGGCGCUGGGCAUGCGAAACAAGAACCGGUUAGUGACACGCAAGGAUACCAUGAGGGAGCAGAUGGAAAGACGCGUCCUGUUGAGCUCCAUUGUUGUAUCCCUGCACCCAGAGGCAGUUAUGGAAGAGAAAGUUCGACCUUCAAAUCCCACCGCCGAUGUUGUCUCUGUCGAUAGUUGGGCGGUCUACACAGCUCGUCGCAUGCUCCUGUGCCUUCAUGUUGGCACGCUUGGGGCAGUUGCCAAUGCAUGGCUCCAAUGGCGCCGAGCUUUUACGAAAUGGAAGAAGAAUGAUGCAGAAGUUCUCCUGCGCGCUAUGAUUGAGGACGCAGUGGCGACACAAGCUCUGCAGAAUACCGUGACUCGAGGUUUCAACGACGCGAAAAGCCAAGAGCGUAUGCGAACAAGCCUUGGUGGUUCUAGCUCUGCUGCAUCCGCACGGCAGCAGGAACAAACUAUCUGGGGGGAGCAAAUCUCCCGGAAGCAAGAAAUGAUCAAAGAAGCCGUCGACAAGUUUGCGGGACCCCGCGGACUAAGACGCCUCCAAGCUGCCCUUGCCGCGUCGCGACAGAUUACGGAUGAGCGAGUUAUACACGAAAUCAUGAUUGACUUGCCCGGCUUGCUGGCCAAGAUUCAGUCUUCUCCACCAGUACCUGAAGACGCUUGGAGAAGAUUGCAAAUCGAGCUAUCAAAGUCUCCCCCGGAAAAGAAUGAACUGGCACGUCGUUUGUUGCAUCUCUCUAACAUGUUGAAUUCUAUGAUAGAGGGGUGUUUUGUAAUCGAAAACGACGAAGUGACAGACGAAUUGAACGGCGAUUUCGCAAUUCAAUUGGUUUGCCGUGUGGCCGCAGCAUUGGAAAAAUGCCAGGCUGAGGCCUUCGAUGAACCUCUACGGGAGUGGGUUAAUGAUACGAUCUUGAAGCUCCAAUCUGCUGGCGAGGCGCUUGCUUCUGUUGUGGUUGACACUCUCAGGCAGAUGACAGAUCUUGUCGAGAAAAUUCACCACUCAAUUGUUACGUUUCGCAUUCAAAGGGUCGCGCCAGUAGUGCAACAAUACGGCGCCGCAUGGGAACGAUCCAGUUUCCAAGGGCAUGUGAUGUCGGGAGAGGUUCCGUCCUCGUUUCCGCAAACAAGAAAUCUGUUCUCAGAAGUAGUGGUAUCUGUCACUAACAACAACAACACAUCUGACGUACAAGACGUUAGCCCCUCCGCACCGCUUCCAUUGAAGGAGGUAAUUAUUCGAGGUAUUAUUCGCCUGAUAAUGAAAUCCACAGGGUGCAGCCCAGAAGAGCUUCCCGAGUUUAUGCGCCUAGACCAACAAAGAAUCGUUCGAAUGCAGAAUGAUUUUCAGGGGUGCGCUCUCCUUGCCAGUUUGGAUAACAUCGCAAAACAAUUUAUCUCCUCGAAGGGCGCUCCAAGGAGCAAUGACGCGGUUGCAAAAGUUGUGGUAGUUCUUGAGUCUGAGAGCCCGACGCUGAGAGAUAUUCAGAAUGCCUUUAUGGCCGGUGUUUCGUCUUCAUUGUCAAGAAAUAAUAUAAACGUCCGCAAUGGCGAGCGAGAGCUACUUGAAGGGAUAGUGGAAAAUGCAACGAGACCAAGUGACAAGACUCUCACGCUGAUGAUGGAACGAAUGGAACAUGCGUUGCUCGGCUACAGUUUACGGGCGCAAAGGGUUCAGGGUUCCGCGAGGAUACCGAUCUCGAGCGAUGUAGUUUUGCCACCGGGACUGGAAGGCAUUGAAGAGCGUGUGAAGAAGCUUAGUCGCACUAUCACUCGUCUUGCGGAUCACCUCCUGCAAGUACAUGGGUCGGCGCUAAAUUCCCUAGUAGUAUCCAUCUAAAUCCAGCUCGAGUAAAAAUGCAUGUAGUAUUUGUAAUCCAGGGGUCCGACCUGAUUGUACGCUAAUCAGCUGUGUUGCGUUCUCUGGUAACAUCUGCGGGAUAGAUGAGCAAAAAUGGAGCGCAUUCCAAGCCUUCUCAAUGCAAAUAAAUCCAGUCCAAAA